GGAUAGCUAUUGUUGAUGAAAUUGAUGAUUUUGGAAGCAACAGUUCAUUAAUAUACAUGACUACUUCUAGACAUGAAUCAAAUGUAAACAUGUACGAUAUAAAUCAGGAUAAUAGCUACCAACCUCAGGAUGAAAAGAAUCACAACAAGCAUGCUAUACCUAAUGGUAUAGUAUAUAUUGCAAAUGAAUGGUUUACAUCACAGAGAGACAACAGAAUCAAUGGUUGGAAAGGUAGAAAGAAUUCUAUUGAUGAUAAACAACAUCGACCUGGGAGAGAAUUUUCAUAG